AUGGCGCCCUUCAGGCCUUGGCUGUUUUCGCUACUUCUAAAUGUGUUGUUUCAAUAUGUUUGGACGUACAACAUCGGUAUCGGUAAGAGCGACAUUACUGGACCUGCCGCUGAAGUCAACAUGAUGGGGUUUGCCGACCUGCAGGAAAGCACAGCAGGAAUUCUCAACCGCCUCUAUGCCCGAGCAUACCUCAUCGAAGAUCCAGACUCCAAGAACCGCGUCAUGUUUGUUCACUGCGACCUGCACUCGGUCAUGCAACUCGUUCACCAAGAAGUUAUCGCUCAAUUAGCAACGAAAUACGAUGGCGUUUACACUGCACAAAAUGUGAUCCUCCAUGCGACACACACGCAUGGUGGGCCCGGCGGCACAGCAGGAUACUUCCUUUACGAUAUAUCCAUCCUCGGAUUCAUUAGUGAGAGUUUCGACCAAAUUGUGAGCGGCAUCCUAGCAGCCAUCGACCAGGCGCAUAAUUCCGUGGAGAAGGGCGACAUUCGCUGGAACAAGGGUGAGGUCGAGAAAGGAGGAAAAAACCGAUCACCGGAUGCAUACGGUGCGAAUCCGGCGGGGGAGCGCGAGAAAUACACCAGUGAUAUCGAUACCACAAUGCGCGCAUUACACUUCUUCAGCAGUAAGGGCACUCUACGCGGUAUUCUGGCUUUUUACCCUGUCCACCCGACCAGUCUGACAAUGAAGAACCGCUUGAUCAGUGGUGACAACAAGGGGUUCGCGGAGUUUCUAAUGGAGGAAAAAUUCGAAAAUGUUGUUGUUGGUAUUGGAAUUUCCAACGCCGGUGACGUGAGUCCUAAUCUGGUGGACAACGGCGACGGCACCUUUGCCGGUGAGGGUAGAGAUUCGGUGGAUUCGGCGGAGAUUAUGGGCCACCGUCAGUUCACCACCUUGUCUUCUUUAGUCGAGGCAGAAUCAGAACUCGUUACGGGCUCAGUUGUGGCGAAGUUAUCAUAUGUCGACUUCUCGAACGUCACGCUAACCAACGUAACCGCAACGGAAGCAGAUCCGUACGCCCAUAAAACGUGUCCUGCUAUUGUUGGGCAGAAUAUGGCAGCAGGAACAGAGGACGGGCGUGCACUGAGUAUGUUCACGGAAGGAAACCUAAAAGAAAACAAGUUUUUCAAACUCAUCAGCGGAGUUAUCAAGAAAACUCCUGACUGGGUCCAGGACUGCCAGAACGCCAACAAGGUUCCGCUACUCGCUGUCGGACUGAUGGAUAAACCUUGGGUACCCUCGACACUGCCCGUGCAAAUAGUCAAGAUCGGACAGUUUGCAAUCGCUGUGACUACUUUUGAAACGACAACGAUGGCUGGGCGGCGAAUCAAAGACAGUGUGAAGGCAGCACUGUCAGGAAUCGGAGUGAAGGAGGUUGAACUUGCUGCUGUGAGCAACGCUUAUUCGCAGUAUUUGACGACAAAAGAAGAAUAUCUGACGCAACACUACGAAGGAGCUUCGACGCUGUUCGGUCCCAAUCAACUUGCCGCUGUACAGCAAGAGCUGAACCGCGUGGCUGCAUCGAUUGUUGACCAAUUGGUGCCGUUGGACGUGGGCCCCACUCCAUUGCAGAUUAAACGCAACGAUUUGUUGACUCUUCAAACGGGCGUUGUUCUUGAUACAUCACCGUGGUUUAAGUCUUUCUCGCACGUUCGAAAGCAGCCAGAAGAAUCGUAUGCCAUCGGUCAGAUGGCAUCGGCUCAAUUUGCUGGUGCGCAUCCAAAGAAUGCUCUUACACGAGUUUCAUCUUUUUGCGACCUGCAACGAGUUGACUCUGACGAUUCCUCUCCAACCAUACUCACUGAUGCCCACUGGGACCUUCGUUACCGCUGGAAGCGUACUGGUAUUUCAGAGAGCACGAACACAUGUGAGUGGUUCAUCCGACCAGGAGGACGAGCAAGUGUUGCUGGCACGUAUCGUUUUGUCCACCGCGGAUACUCGAAACAGCUAGGAGGCAAACUCAAGCCGUACGAAGGAGUGUCGAAAACAUUCACUAUAGCCUGA